GAAAGCCAGCUUCCUUCAAGCGAUGUUUGGUUGCAGCGGCGAGCGACAUCAACCUCCGAGCUAUUUCCAGCAGCUGUCACGAGGAUGUGCAGCACUUCUACUGUCAACGUGUCCGGGACGUUGCAUCGAAGCGAUACACAGAGCCCUUGAAGACUGAGUGCCUGCAAGGCGUCGAGGAUUCGCAGCUGAUUUUUCGUUCUUAUAGUCCGGCGAGAAUCGCAUAUGUCAUCCUGGCGCAUCAGUUCCCUCAGAAUGUGAAGCGGCUUAUCUCCAGACUGUUGCAACCCCUCGAGACCGUCUUUGCCGUGCAUGUUGAUGAAAAGAACCCGGGGAUGCUCGAGGAGCUUGUACAUUGGACACAAGUGGAGGCAUUGGGAUACGCCGUUCAGAUUUACUCCAAGUACAACAUCGUUCGCGGUGGUGCGAACAUGCUCCAUGCGCAGAUGGAAGGUAUUCGCCAGCUUCUACACCAUGCAAUGGAGUGGGAUUUUUGCAUUUUGCUCAGCGAGCAGGAUUACCCAUUGAGAGGAAAUGAAGUCCUGGCCACCUACCUCUGGGUGCAUCAUGGGACCAGCUUCGUGUCUGUGGACGAGGGUGAAUGCGAACGCGACGUCUCAUACCAAUGUGGAGACCGUGUGAUAUCAUUGCGCCUCGCUUGCAGUUCCACGCUGGUUGUCGCGAAGAUCGGGGGAGUGAUGUGA